AUGAAGAAGAAAGGCGGCAAGAGCGCCUCCUCCGGUCCUCACUUUCCUUCCCUCUUGAAGGGUCAGGACGUUGUCAAUCUUGCCGUUCAAGCUCACGGCAAGAGCGAUCUAGUUAGAGCUUGUGCUGAAAACGAGAACCCCGAGACCGCUCCGGAGGAAAUCAAAGAUCCUGUCAAGUUAUCUAGCAAACUCACUAGAGCUCUCUACAGGAAGCUACAGCACAGUCCUAACUCUUGGGGGGCUUACACCACUUCAAGAGUCGGAUCAGCUAGGUUUCCUGAGCGAUAUCAGGCGUCCUUCCCUGACUCAGUGACGGUUGCUGGUUUAGAAGUUUCUGAAGGUGAUUCCGUUCUCGAAGUUUCCUCCGGAGCAAGUACUUCCUCGAAGACUCAUUCACAGAAGAUGCCAAUUCAACCUUCCUUCCGUUCCAGGGGCUCUGCUCCUGCUAAAGGUGUUAGCUCUUCGGAGCCUAAGGUUCAGGAAGUUGGUCUUUCCUCCGAGGUCCCGAUGACUGAGGCUGAUCCUCAAAUAGUGAGGGAUCCUCCGGAGCUUGAGCCCCCGAGGAACAAGAGGUCCCGAACCGACCAGGUUGACAGACCUUCGAGGUCUUCCUCCUCCUCCUCUAGAGGAGGAACCGUUGGCUGGAACUUUGCUCAUUCGAAGCCUGGAUCGGUUUUGGACGAUCCGUGGGGUUUAGCUACUUUGAUGAGGCACAUGAAGAGUCCCGGGUGUUCCCUCCCCUCGAUCUCCAAUCUCACGCACAAGGAUGAGUACGUCGAUAUUGCUCAUCACAUGGGUCAGCUGGCUGGUGCUAUCAACAGAGCUCAGUUCAAGUUUGAGGACGCUGUACACAAUGCCCCUAGUGCCGAGGAAUUAGCCCAGGUCACUGAGUUGGUCAAGGCCAACAAGGCUGAGCUCAAUCAGACUCGGGCUCUGAUCUCGGAUCUCCAAGCCGAGGUGAAGAGGCUUGGCUCUAAAUGUGAUGCUCAGCAAGGGACGAUCGAGAGCCAGCUGAUUGACCUCCAGGUGAAAAAUAGGAAGAUUGGGGAGUUGGAUGCUGCUCGGAAGAUAGCCGAGUAUCAAGUCAAGAAGUUGAUUGCCACAUCUCAAAGCAGCCAGAAGAACAAGGAAGCUGAGGUCAGGCUAGCCGUCCGGAGAGGAAAGAAAGAGGUAGCCGAAGCCUACAACAAAAUUCUGGUUAUCGUCAAGGAGAAGUUCUCCAAGAAGAAGGACGAAGUCGACCUCCUUUUUCUGAAGGUGAUUCCGUUCUCCCGAAGUUUCCUCCGGCAGCAAGUACUCCUCGAGAAGACUCAUUCACAGAAAGAUGCCAAUUCAACCUUCCUUCCGUUCCAGGGGUAG